UCGCAUUUUAAACUCGCAUUUACUUUUAUAGUUUUGAGUGUCCUGUAGUAAUACCUUUGAUAGAGAAUGAAGAAUUAACAUAGGUUAAAAAAUUUUAAUAGUGAGAUAUGUAGACAUCAACGCUUGUCUUGUAUCAUCUUUACCCCGUUGUUAAAAACGAGUCCGAUACCACAACGUUCGCAUAGUUCUCUAUUCAAUACAGUGAUAAUAUCAUGGUUUAAGUAUUUAAAUAAUGAAUUGAAGUAUAUCAUUCGUAAACGCGGUAGUGAAACAUAUCGAAUAUCUAUCUGUUCGCUUGAGUGUACACUUCCACUUAUGUAUGUAAAAUACAACAACCAUUAAUCUAUUUGAGGAAGUCGGUUUUAGCUUGAUUGGUUAUAUUUAACAAAAGGCACCAUUUAAUAUCUUAAUUAAAUAACAAACACUCGUCCGCUGGCAUCGCAGAAAGAUUUCAGGUAACGACGCCUAAUUUGCGGUCAUGCGCAUUAUUACAUGUGGAAUAACUGUGUUAACGAUUGUAUUUUAUAUCGUUGUCGUCUUCGAUUCCGCCAGUUGUAAAACAGCCACAGAGAUUGAGAAUGAAUCUGAAGUUGAAAGUGGUACUUGUGAUGGAGACACAUGCCAAAUUGACAAGGACAUCAAUGAUGAGAAAGUGAAAUAUUAUUUAGACAAAGCGCAAAAGUAUCACGCCGAGCAUUCUGAUCCCGGUGAUGAAAUGACUGACGAAGACUUAAAGAAUAUACUAAUUGGCUUUAGGGAUAAAUCUAUAGAUAUUAAGAAAAUACCCGAUGAUACGAUUAACAGAUCUGAAGAAGAAGGGCUUGCGGAGAAAGAAACUCCUGAAGAACAAGAAGGAAAUGUAGAAGAGCAAGAAGAAGAUGUGGAAUCAUUUGAAUUUCCCAGACUGACAAUGAUAGAUCCAGGAAAUGUUGGUGACGUUAAGGAAGUGGAAUUAGAAGAAGGAAUAAAAUAUAGAAUGAUAACAAGAUCUGUUCGUCCACCAGUAUUUGAAAUUCCGAAUUUUCUCACCAAGGAAGAGUGUAACAUGAUAAUCGGUAGCGCGGUAGAAUCUGGUCUUAACGUUAGUAAAGUGUUUGGUUCUGAUAUUGAAGAAGAGUUUGAUGAAGAAGAAGAUUUAUCGGAGAUUUCAAGGGUCAGUGAACAAACGUGGCUCCGAGAGUAUAACCUAGGAUCCGAGUUUUGGGAAAAGCUUUUUGCCAGAGUUGCUAAACUUACGGGGCUCCCCAUUGGCAUGGUUUUAAGAGGAGAACCAAUACAGGUUGUCAGUUACGCCCCUGGUGGUCAUUACCACGCCCAUUUAGAUACCGUAGACGAAGUGGACCACCUACCAUGCUGCUUUCAAACAAAAUGUGGUGACAAGGAGCAUACACCAGAGUGGGCGGAGUGCUGUAGACUAUGCAGGUUCAUCACAGUGUUAUAUUAUCUCAACGAACCGGAAGAAGGAGGAGAGACGGCUUUCCCACUUGCUGAUAUGCCAGAGGAAUUGGUAGAGGAAAAGUUUGUGAAUGUAGAGGAACAAGACUGGUACAACUUGAGUCAUUACUGUCACAACUCCUCUCUCGUGGUCAAACCAAAACGAGGCACGGCAAUUAUGUGGUACAGCCAUUUUAUCGACGAAGAGACUGGUUACCUUGGCAAGGUUGAUAGAAUGUCACACCAUGGUGGUUGUGAUUUAAAAAAGGGAACCAAAUGGAUAGCAAAUAACUGGAUCUCUGGAACCACGUAUGAGGACAGAUUUAAACCAAGUGUAUUUUACUGAGAGUUUUAUUAAUUGCAAAAUAAGAUGUUGUUUAAUUUUCUAAAUGAAUGGUGCUAACAUGGUAGAUAUUAAAAGAAGGACGAACGAGUUGUUAAAAACCUGAAGGUUGUGUGUCUUGAUGAAACAAUGGAAUAUAAUUAUGUAAAAGAGUAGUUGCCACCCGUUCAUUUGCUUGACAAUGAUUUUUGUGGGUUAUAUUGUUACACUGUAAUACAUUUCCCGAUGUUUGAUAUUUAAACUAAAUAUGGUUUAAAACGUCAAAGUAAGGUUUUGAACCUGCUGGCAGAGAUUAAAAAAUACAUAAUAUAUCUUAUCACACACCCGUGCCGAUUUUGCGAUUCCGUAAAUAUGGUAUUGCACGGCCGAGCAUAUAUUUUGACGUGACGUCAUUAGCGUUAUACAAACAUAGUGUAAAGACGCGCUAAAUGAUGGCAUUAUUCUAUAGGCGCGACUCUUAUUUCACUUUAAACGGUCUUUAUUUUGGGUGUGUGAUAAAUAGAAUAUUAAAUUCGUGUAAGUUCAUUACUGAAUUUAUUGCACUCGUUGAAUAAAAUAAUAUUAAGCUCGCCAGAGGCUCGCAUAAUAUAAUUUUAUUCAACUCGUGCAAUAAAUUCAGUAUUGAACUUACACUCAUUCAAUAUCCUCUAUAUAUUGGAUUUCGUCAAAUUAUUUUCAUUUCUGUUAAAGAUAUGAGUAAAAACGUAGGAAUAUUUUCAUUCGGUAGUUAUCGUGCAUUUCGGUAUUUAUUUGGAAUAUCUAUUUCAAAAUUCCAUAUUAUUAUCUUUGCACAAGUAUGUGUGGGUAGGACAUAGUCGAAGGCUAAAUGGACUUGGAAAUCUAGACAAGUGUUUCUAAAUGAUAUUUAUGUAACAGCGUUAUUUUUAAAUGUCAAGCCGUUAUACUGUUUGAUGUUAGAUAACUUCUAUAAUAUAAUUAUAGUGUAUUAUUGUUGGCAAACGAAACAUCUGGUUUGCGCAUGCGUGGAUAUUGUAAGCGCCUUUAAGGAUAGGGUUAUAAAUGUAAAUAACUUAUUUUGGCCGAAAGUUUUAUUUUCUUUAGUUUUGUUUAUAUAUUGUUAUUGCUAUUUAUUUAUUGACAUAUUUUAUCGGAUAAAGAUUCGUCGAUUA